AUUUAUUUCUUUACAAAAUUUUGCCAGGCAGAGGGCAUGCCGUAAUGCCUAGCUUAUAAAAGUGCUAGUACUAUUUCUGAACCGUAGAAGGUUGGUGCCAGUACUCAUUCGAGUUUUCUCCGAGUCUGGGCCGGUCAAAACGUGUGCGAAGAAGAAGAAAAUCAAAGAGACAAAGAAGAGGAUUGCAGUAAGAGAGGCAGUCUGCACCGGACAAAACUCAGGACAUCCGUCGCCGAUGAGUCGAUCAGUUACCAGCACAACCCCUAAAAUCCUUUGGUGACAUAUUUCUCCGGAAAACUAGUGAAAACGAGAAAACCCUAGCGCGUUUUUACCUCUGUUAUUUUUGCCGAAACUGAUCUUCGAAGGGUAUCUAGAGUUGGAUAAACAUCAAGUAUGGCUGCAGCAGAACCGGCUCCAUCUUCCCUAGGGCCUCGUUAUGCCCCAGAGGAUCCCACCCUUCCUAAACCUUGGAUGGGACUGAUUGAUGGAAGCACUGGCCGUUUAUAUUAUUGGAACCCUGAAACUAACAUCACGCAAUAUGAGAAGCCAGCCUCUUUACCUCCACCAUUACCACCUGGCCCACCUCCUCCUGCUUCUACUCCUAAGUUGGCUCAGAUACCAAUGGCUCAUUCAGCGGCACAACCAAAUGGCUUGGUGGUUCAGAUUGCACAACAGAUACCACAGACCACAGUCCAGCAGGGUCAGCAGAUCAGUCAAUUACCUCAGCAGGCUCAAGCCACGCAACAGAUUACUCAAGUAACACAGCAGCUGGGGCAACAGAGCAACCAGUUGCCUCAACAGCAGGGACAACUAAUGCCACAGCAGCAGAGUCUCCCAGUAUCACAAGUUUCUAAUCAGCUGAUUGCACAACAAGGUUCACAGUUGGGGCAGGGCAUGCAACAGCCAGGACAGGUGAGGCCUCAAAUGGUGCAGCAUCCUGGUCAGCAGAUGGUAUCGCACAUGGGGCAGCAAAUGCCUCAGCAGGGAGGUCUGCAGUUGCCGCAGCAAUCAAUGCAACAACAACCCAGUCAGCUGAUGCCUCAUCAAAUAGGGAAUGUGCUGCAAAAUCAGAACUUACAAAUGUCACAACCACAAGGACAACAAUAUGCAUACCAGCAUUAUAUGACAUAUCAGCAGAACACCCUUCCGCAACACCAACAAAGCUCACAGCAGGCAUUUCCUAAUCAACUUGAUUAUAAGGCAGGAUUCCCAAAGAGGGGGGAAGUUGAUUUUCAACAAGGAAAUCAAACUAGUUUUUCACCGUCUCAGUUCCAACCAUCUCAGUUUCAACAGUCUGUUGCACAGUCGUCUCAAAACCUGUCUGUGGGAGGUGAUUCAGCUUCAACACCUCACACAGGUGCUCAUUUGGGUCAAUCUCAACAGUUCAUUGGUUCUGCUGUUAAUGUGCAACAGCCUGCUUCCAUGGCCCAGUUGCAGCAAACUGGGGAUGAUGUUGUUCACCAGCAACAUGGUCCUAGGUUUCAAAAUCACAUCGGUCCAUCAAUGAUGCAUAAUCAACAGUCUAAUGUGCCCCUUCAGAAGUCUAAGAAUAUCCAUGGUGGGUCUGGUAGUGAUUACUAUUUUAAUGCUACAAUGGAAGGGCCUAUAGUUAGUUCUUGUCAGCCUAAGCUUGCAGCCAUACCAAUGGGGAUAAAUCAGCAGGAGGCAAGGAUGGGUGGUGUGCCUUUUCAAAAUGUCACACCUGGUUACAAUGGUGGAUUUAACUCAGCCGGGCAUAACAUGCAUAAUAUGUAUAAUCAUGCGAUUGGUGGUCCGCAGUUUCCUAACAAUGCUUUGAUGAGGCCCCCUUUUGUUGGAACUUCUGAUGUUAGUAACCUUUCACCUGCAGAAGCUUAUUGCCAAGAACAUGAAGUCACAGCUACGGGUGACAAUGUUCCUGCUCCAUUCAUCACAUUUGAAGCCACUGGUUUCCCUCCUGAGAUAUUGAAAGAUAUACAUGCUGCUGGGUUCUUAUCCCCUACUCCGAUCCAGGCACAGACAUGGCCAAUUGCACUACAAAAUCGGGAUAUAGUCGCAAUUGCCAAAACUGGUUCUGGUAAAACGUUGGGCUACCUGAUACCUGCCUUCAUUCUUCUUAGACAAUGUGGAAAUAAUCCUCAGAAUGGCCCUACCGUGUUGGUUUUAGCUCCAACAAGGGAGCUGGCCACACAAAUACAGGACGAGGUGAUAAAAUUUGGUCGAUCAUCGAGGGUCUCAUGCACGUGCUUAUAUGGUGGAGCUCCAAAGGGCCCUCAAUUAAAAGAGCUCGAUCGAGGUGCAGAUAUUGUUGUGGCUACUCCUGGUCGACUCAACGAUAUCCUUGAAAUGAAGAAGAUUGACUUUGGGCAAGUUUCACUGCUUGUGCUUGAUGAGGCUGAUCGAAUGCUUGAUAUGGGUUUUGAACCUCAAAUUCGUAAAAUUGUGAAUGAGAUACCUCCUCGGAGACAAACACUUAUGUACACUGCAACCUGGCCAAAAGAAGUGAGAAAAAUAGCAAGUGAUCUUCUUGUUAAUCCUGUUCAGGUGAACAUCGGCAGUGUUGAUGAGCUUGCUGCAAACAAGUCCAUCACUCAGUAUGUUGAAGUGGUCCCACAAAUGGAGAAGGAGAGGCGCUUGGUGCAGAUCCUCAGAGCACAGGAGAGAGGUUCAAAAGUCAUUAUUUUCUGUUCCACUAAGAGAUUGUGUGACCAGCUUGCCCGCAGUAUUGGGCGCAACUUUGGAACUGCUGCAAUCCAUGGAGACAAGUCUCAAGGUGAAAGAGAUUGGGUGUUAAAUCAGUUCAAGAGUGGAAAAUCACCGAUUUUAGUUGCCACAGAUGUUGCUGCCCGAGGUCUUGAUAUCAAAGAUAUAAGGGUAGUGAUAAACUAUGAUUUCCCCACUGGAAUUGAGGAUUAUGUCCACCGAAUUGGUAGAACUGGAAGGGCCGGUGCAACAGGUGUGUCUUACACCUUUUUCUCAGAGCAAGAUUGGAAAUAUGCUGCCGAUUUGGUCAAAGUUCUGGAGGGAGCUAACCAGCAUGUGCCCCCAGAGGUGCGAGACAUGGCUUUGCGUGGUGGGACUAAUGUUGGCAAGGAUCGUGGUGGAACCCAUCGUUUUGAUUCUGGUAGUGGUGGCAGUCAUUGGGAUUUUGGGGGCCGUGGUGGCAUGAGGGAUGGUGGCUUUGGUGGCCGUGGUGGCAUGAGGGAUGGUGGCUUUGGUGGCCGUGGUGGCAUGAGGGAUGGUGGUUUUGGUGGCCGUGGUGGCCGUGGUGGGUUCAGGGAUGGUGGCCGUGGUGGGAUGAGGGAUGGAGGCUUUGGUGGACGUGGUGGACCUAGGGAAGGUGGCUUUGGUGGACGAGGGGGCCGAAAUGAGUUAUCUUCAGGGCGUGGAAACAGGGGACGGGGAUAUGGUGGUCAUGUUGGUUGGGGUAGGAAUGAACAUGGUCUGCAUGAUCGACACACCAAUAUGGAUGGUCGUGGACGUGGCCAUGGAAGGGGAAGAUUUGAUGGGAGAAGAGAUGUUGAAAGGAACAGAGAUAGAAGUUAUAGUCGGAGCCCAGAGAGGGAUAGAAGUUGGGGUUAUAGCCGCAGUCGCAGCAGAAGUAGGAGCUGGAGUCGCAGUCGCAGUCGAAGUUGGUCCCGUGGCCGCAGUCGUAGCUACAGCCGCAGUCCUCGACGUGGCAACAGUUACAGCCGCAGUCCUCGACGUAGCCGCAGCUACAGCCGUAGUCCUAGAAAUAAGUCAAAUAACCGCAGCCGUAGCCAAAGCUAUGAUAGAGCUGAGAGGCCAAAUGAAAAGAACUUUGAUGAGAAUGAUGUUACAGCAGUUCCAGAAUCAGAAGCUCCUCAAUCCAGGGGGCCUCUUAUGUCCCCAGGUACACAUAAUAACGCAUUUUCAGGAGUGGUUCAGAGCGAUGUGCCUGAGCCACAUCCAGAGGCUGCACAAGCUUCAGGCGUAGAGUCAGUUCCUGAAACUUGACUUACAAAACAGCAAUCUUAUGGGUAUUUUAGCAGGGUAUCCAGGUUUUGUUUAUCAAAUUCUUCUUUGAUCAACUUAUAUCAUGGCAGGAGAAAUUUAUGUUGAUUGAUAUGGCGAAGGAAGUUUGCCACCAAGAAAUGGUGAUAUGUAUGUGGAGGUAUCAAAGUCAAACAAAUAGUCCUGUUUUGCCUGUUACAAUGUAGUUGAGCUUUAGUUAUGCAACGUUUUAUUUAGGGUAGCUUGUGGUCCAUUUGGUCAUUAUCUCUUUUUCUUUCUUUUGGUGGCUGUCAUAGAACUUGGGAUAGACAGACACAAGGCCAAAUGAAUUAUUUAUUUUUUUCCAUUUUCCAACAAUUUCAUUUGAAUUUGUUAGUCUCUGUAUAAUUUAAAAUUUCAUACUGUUCUCUGCCAUCUUAAUGGGUAGAAUUCUGCUUUGUAUGAAACUUCAGAAAGUUUGGAAUUUUUAUAUAAAUAUUAAAAAUUAAAAUAUUA